AUGUGGUUCUGGAGCAAGAACAAGCGUCAGAGCACCGGGGGCUGGAGCAACAAGACCCCGUGCUACGGUUACGAUGUCUUCGUGCACACUCCAGACCCGAACCUGACCCCUCAACAGAGACUAACUUACUUCCUUGAGAAAGUCAAGGAAGGAAGAGCAGAGAUUUAUAAGACCAAGCACAGUCAUAUUCUUGAUGAUCGGCGAGGUUUGUACAUCUAUGUCACCCAUAAAAGUCGGAAGUUCGAAGAUGUCCUCGAGACCGUGCUGUCUUUCCUGGAGUCUAUAAACCGUGACCCGGAGGUGGACUCUUGUGGAUUGAUUCGGCGCUGUCCUCGUCCUCACGGGGUGAUUGAUUGA